GAAUCAUUUGCAGAGAAAGAAAGAGGGAGAAGAAGAAGAGAUGGAUAGACAGGCACAACCCGCAAAAUCAGGUUGGAAGAAUUUCUUGGCACAUGUUGGUCCUGGUUUUCUCGUCUCUUUAGCUUAUCUAGAUCCUGGAAAUUUGGAGACUGAUCUCCAAGCUGGAGCGAAUCACAAGUACGAGCUAUUAUGGGUAGUUUUGAUCGGUCUAAUAUUUGCACUCCUAAUCCAGUCUCUCGCCGCCAAUCUUGGUGUUGUUACAGGAAAACAUUUGGCGGAGCUCUGCAAAGCUGAGUAUCCAGUUUUCGUAAAGAUCUGCCUCUGGUUUUUAGCGGAGAUUGCUGUUAUUGCAGCCGAUAUACCAGAAGUGAUCGGAACAGCUUUCUCGCUGAACAUAUUGUUCGGGGUUAAAGUCUGGGCUGGGGUUCUGAUUACUGGAUUGAGUACUAUCCUUUUUCUUGGCCUACAGAAGUUUGGGGUUAGGAAGCUAGAAUUUCUGAUAGCAACUUUUGUGUUGGUGAUGGCUGCUUGCUUUUUCGUGGAAUUGAGUUUCGUCAACCCACCUGCAGCAGAGGUGAUGCAGGGUUUGUUCAUACCAAAGCUCCAGGGACAAGGAGCUACGGGAGAUGCAAUUGCAUUAUUUGGGGCACUAGUUAUGCCGCAUAAUCUUUUCCUUCACUCAGCGUUAGUUCUAUCAAGGAAAGUACACCAAUCAGUAAAGGGGAUCAACAGCGCCUGCAAAUACUUCCUCAUUGAAAGUGCAUUUGCGUUGUUCAUCGCUUUUUUGAUCAAUGUGUCUAUAAUCUGUGUUUCGGGAACUGUUUGUUCAGCUAGAAUCCUCACCACUGAUAAUGCCAAUUGUUGCAGUGGUUUGACACUCAAUAAUGCUUCGUUUCUUCUACGCAACGUUUUGGGAAAGUCAAGUUCCAUUGUAUAUGCCAUUGCACUACUAGCUUCAGGACAGAGUUCAACAAUCACUGGAACUUAUGCAGGACAGUUCAUCAUGCAGGGGUUCUUAGACCUUAAAAUGAGGACUUGGUUAAGAAACUUAAUGACUCGAUGCAUAGCAAUUGCACCUAGUCUCAUUGUCUCCAUUAUUAGUGGAUCUUCUGGUGCCGGGCGACUCAUUGUUAUCGCAUCGAUGAUAUUGUCCUUUGAGCUCCCAUUUGCUCUCAUCCCACUCCUGAAAUUUAGCAGCAGUACCAUGAAGAUGGGUCCUCAUAAGAACUCUCUUUAUAUCAUUGUGAUUUCAUGGAUCUUGGGGUUCUGUAUAAUUGGGAUCAACAUUUAUUAUCUGAUCACAGCUUUCAUCGGUUGGAUAACACACAACAAAUUACCAAGGGUUGCAAAUGUGUUUAUCGGGCUGCUUGUGUUUCCGCUGAUGGCUAUAUACAUCAGUUCUGUCAUCUACUUGAUUUUCAGGAAAGACAGAGUUGUUACUUAUAUCAACACAACAGACGGGCAGCAGAACAAAUUGGAGAAAGGGUUAGAAAGAGGUGAUGAAGAAGAAGAUGUUGUUCCUCAAAGAGAGGAUCUUGCUGGUAUCCCACUCCCCAAAUAAAGUACCAGAAGACCCUAAAUGAUGGACCCUUGCAAUAAUGCUACUUUUAGUGAAAUGGGUAAUGCAUGUAUCUGAUUAGCUUAGAGUUGAUAUCGAUAUAGAUUCAUAUUAAAUUAGUUAGCUGUGUUACAAAUUAGAAUUGAAGUGAACAGUUACUUUUAUAAAAUCGAAGUAUGAAUCAUAUGACCAUAAUGCUUCCUUCCGGUAAA